AUGGGAACCGAAACUGUCAACAGCCAUUUCCAUAACAAUUCAGCACGUUCUGGAGGUGCUGUGGUUACUCAUAAUGGAUGGUCUUUAGUAGAAGGCUGCAAUUUUACCAACAACAGAGCCACGCACUACGACGGUGGGGCGAUGGAGUUGCAACAGGAUGGCAUACUCAUCCGGAGUUCCCACUUCCAGGGCAACUACGCUAAU